AUGACAAUCCAAACGGCAGAUAUUACAAUCAAUGUUGUGCAUCACAUUGAAACGCUUGUCCAUGACCAACAAACGUCCAUCGGAUGGAUUCGCCCACUGCUUUCUGGACCAAAUGGUGGAAUCUGGCGCAAACAAGCUGCCCAGCAAUCUAUGGCCAUGUCAAAUAAGGCAUUUGUUGGAGAUGAAGUGAAUGAGUGGUUCGAGCACAAAAGAGAGCAACACGAGGCUGCUGAAUGUAUUUACCAAGCCUUGAUGGCAUGGCACAAGUUCUCUCCUGACAAACAGCCUCCCUCAGUGCUUUUACGUGCCAUUAUCUAA